AAUUUUAAUGCAACACUAAAAUUAAUUUAUAGCUAAACUACAACUAAAGCGCCAAUAAUUUAACAAAAUUUCUUUUAUUUUUCUUAUUAAGUUUCUCUAGUAAGGAUGUACUUACUAACAAAACUUUUACUAUUUCUGCCAUUUUUUUACACGGUGCACGCCCAGACUGAUGUAGAUUGUCCACCACUUACUGAUGCCGAUAGUCUAUCGCAGACCCAAUUGCUGGAGAGGUUAACACAUGGCUGUCGCUAUGAUCGCCUAGAGAGGCCUAUAACUUAUACUGAGUCGGGCAGUCGUCUGCCGGUUGAUGUUUACGUGCGCUGGUAUGUUUAUUUUAUGCAAAAUUUAGAGGCCCACGAUUUGCAAUUUAAGAUACAUGCCUUAUUGCAAUUGCGUUUUCUGGAUCCACGUCUUACGUUCCGUAGAGUGGCGCCCAAACGCAAACAACCCAUAUUGGGUGAAAAACAAUUAAGAGAUCACUUAUGGAUGCCUCAUAUAUUUUUGGCUAACGAACGUGAUUCCAGCAUAAUGGGUACAAAUGAAAAAGAUAUCCUAACCUCAAUAUCACCCGAUGGCACCGUUAUUAUAUCGAGUCGUAUUAAAGCCACCCUCUACUGUUGGAUGAAUUUACAAAAGUUUCCCUUUGAUGAACAACACUGUUCGACUUAUUUGGAAAGUUGGAUGUAUAAUACCUCAGAAUUGGUUAUACACUGGGAACAAAAACGUCCCAUAACAUUUGAUCCAGAUCUACAUUUAACCGAAUAUGUUUUACAGAAAGCCUGGUCCAAUGAAACUGUUAUCAAUGCUGAUCUAAAUGAUUUACGUCAUGGUGCUUUUGCUGGCAAUUAUAGUUCUUUAAGUUUUACGGUACAUCUUACUAGAGAAGUAGGUUUUUAUUUAAUGGAUUAUUUUUUACCAUCCAUGUUGAUUGUGGGCAUAUCUUGGGUAUCGUUUUGGUUGCAAGCCGAUCAGGCACCGCCAAGAAUUAUGUUGGGCACCACUACUAUGUUGACGUUUAUUACGUUGGCUUCGGCGCAGGGUAAAACGUUACCCAAGGUCAGCUAUAUAAAAGUGUCUGAGGUAUGGUUUCUCGGUUGCACCCUUUUCAUUUUUGGCAGUCUACUUGAAUUUGCUUUUGUCAAUACUAUAUGGCGACGUAAACGUAAUGUGGAUGUCAAAUCGAUGAGUAGCAAACACAUUUUAAAAUCAACACUCUCACCGCGACUCUCACGACGUAAAACCUCGCGAUCACGUUCAUUUUCUACGGGCACCACAAUGGGCAGUGAUAAUAUCUCAUUGACGGGAGCACCUAAAUUUAAUAAUUAUCUAACCGUACACAAUAUACCCAUAACCACUAUUAAUGAACACGAGGUAGCCGAUAAUAUAUCGAAAGUAACAACGUUUACUACCGACAAUCGUAAAAUGGAUACAGGUCUUUUGGAACAGGGUCUUGAUAAUGAGACGAGAAAUCAACGUCAUGGCUGGACCACCUUAACGCCCCAGGAAAUAUCACAUUGGAUUGAUAGCAAAGCUAGAGUUUUAUUUCCCAUGUCGUUUUUGGUCUUUAAUGCUAUUUUCUGGACUUUUGUGUAUAUAUUUUAAAAAGGUCUUUUAUUUGUCUGGGUGGAAUAUCUUUUCUUAAAGUUGUAUAUAUAUGUAGGAAAUUGGGAUUGUAUUUAAAUCUUGUAAAGUGCUUAUUUUAUUUUGUUUAAAUGUAUUUUUUUAAGUUUUAUUUUGCAAUUAUGUUUUAAUGUAAUUUAAUUUUUUUUGUUAUAAAUUUGUUUUAUUGUAAAUUUUAUUUUCCAAUA